GUCGGCCGUCGUCGAACUAUGGUUUGGUGCAUGUAUCUGGAAGAAAGUCUCAAUAAUUACUGCAGUAGUUAGUAAGAUACGAUAUAGUGAUAGCUGUAUAUUGCAGCUGUAGUGGGCAUGUACCCGUGUAGUAGGACUAUCGUGACCUAUUAUGGCCGAUCAAAGCCCUAAUUUACUACAUCAAGGGGGGUCACAGCAGCGACGAUCUACACGUGGCACAACAAAACGCAAAAAUUCCACAAACUGUGAUAAUUAUUCUUCUAAGAGCCAAAAAAAAAGGUCCUCACAGACUCCAAAUACUGAAGUGAACUGUUCUUCAACUAGUACACAGCAGUUAUAUAAAAGUAAUCCACAGAGACAACCAGGUAAACGUGGACGUACUCCUAAAAGAAAGCAUCCUUUGCCGUCUCUCUGUAUAGAAACAUUGAAAGUACAGAAACUUUCUUCUACCCAAACUGUCUCUGUUGAUACAGUUCCACCUAAAAGGAAAAGAGGUAGGCCCCGGAAAGUUGCAUGUGAGAGUGCUGAUCAAGCCAGUUCUAGUAUAAAUAAACCUCUGUCAAGAGCUACACUUAAGAAGUUUGAAACUACCCAGAGUGAGUCAAACCGUCAAAGAAGUCAAAGUCUUUGUAGCGAUUCAUCUAAAAACUCUACUUCGAGUAAACAAGGAAAAGGUGUUUCAGAUAAAGGUUGCCGGAAUAGGAGUGUGAGUACAGCCUCAACUGCUUCAAUACAAAGUGCAGUACCACUGCGAAGAAGCAGAAGGAAUUCACGUAGAUCAAGUAUUGAUUCUGCUGUCAGUUUAGAUCGACAAGAGAACGUGCCAUCUACGUCUGUUGCUAUCAGAACAAACCGUCGAAAAAAGAAACCGACUGACAAUAAAGUCAAAGUAAAAAGUGAAGUAUUCAAACUGGAGGCCACAGAACCAAGUUCAUCAAAAACCAAACCGAAGAGAAAACCAGGAAGACCCCCGACAAAUAAAACAAGCAGCUCAGAACCAAGUACUUCAAAAGGAAAAGGUUUUAAAAAACAGACUACUAAAGGAAAGGGCAAACAUUUGAAAGCUACUGAUCCAAGUAGUUCAGUCAGUUCAAAAACGGGGAACAGUACAUCAACCAAUCCCUCUGACCCACAGGCUCCUACCUCUUCAUCAAGGAGGUCUUCAAGAGGUCGUGAAGCUGCAGGCAGAGGGAGAGCAUCCAGAGGUGAAAGCCCUUCGCCGGAGCCUGGGAGCUUACGGCGGAGCCAGCGUCAAAAAACAACGGGAUCCUGUGCUAGCAGCAGCAGUCGGCGAGGUUCAGGACCAGGAAAACGUACAAUUGCUGGGACUCGCCGACAAGAAGCCGCUAUGUCUAACAACGAUAACCAAGAUGGCACAAAUGCCAACAAUAGACCCAAUGAAGAAAAUACAACAGCAGGAGCAGCAGCUGCCACAAGUUCUGUCACUGGUGCUGCUGCUGCCAUGGCAGCGAUGGGAGAAAACGAGUCUGAUGAAUCAGAGAUGGGAAGAUUACAAGCUCUUCUUGAAGCUCGUGGGCUUCCCCCUCAUCUAUUUGGUGCUCUGGGACCACGCAUGCACCAAUUGCUGAAUAGAAGUAUGAGCAGUGGUACAAGUACUAAAGCUCAGCAAUUGUUAACUGGAUUGCAGUCAUCAGAUGAAAGUCAACAAUUACAAGCAGCUAUUGAAAUGUGUCAAUUACUAGUGAUGGGAAAUGAAGAAACUCUUGGUGGAUUUCCAGUUAAACAGGCUGUACCUGCACUUAUUACACUCUUACAGAUGGAAGAAAACUUUGAUAUGAUGAAUAAUGCUUGUAGAGCUCUUACAUACAUGAUGGAAGCCUUGCCAAGAUCAUCAGCAGUAGUAGUAGAAGCUGUGCCUGUAUUUUUAGAAAAGUUACAAGUAAUUCAAUGCAUGGAUGUUGCAGAACAGUCUCUCACUGCACUAGAAAUGUUAUCUAGAAGACAUAGUAAAGCUAUUUUACAAGCUGGUGGUGUGUCUGCAUGUUUGCUGUAUUUGGAUUUCUUCUCUAUCACUGCACAACGAGCUGCAUUGACAGUAGCUGCCAACUGCUGUCAAAAUAUCAACUUAGAUGAGUUCCACUUUGUAGCUGACUCAUUACCUUUGCUAAGUGGACGACUACAACACCAGGACAAGAAGUCAGUUGAGAGUUGCUGCUUAUGUUUUGCCAGACUUGUUGAUAACUAUCAGAAUGAUGCCAAGUUAUUGCAAGAAAUUGCUUCUCCAGCUUUACUCACCAACUUACAGCAAUUACUUUUGAUUUCUCCGCCUGUCAUAAAUACUGGUACUUUUAUUAUGGUAAUCAGAAUGCUAUCAUUGAUGUGUUCAAACUGCCCUCACCUUGCAGUACAUUUACUCAAACAAAAUAUCGCAGAUGCUGUUGGUUAUUUACUUAUGGGGUCAUCAGAUCAAGCAAGUCAAGAAAUAGAGCUUGUCCCAAGGACUCCACAAGAACUCUAUGAAAUCACAUCUUUAAUAGGUGAGCUGAUGCCAAAAUUACCAAAUGAUGGGAUAUUUGCUGUAGAUGCAAUGCUAUGUAAAAGUAAUGUUCAGAAUACAGAUGCAGCUAUCUGGCAGUGGAGAGAUGAUAGGGGAUUGUGGCAUCCAUACACCAGAAUUGAUAACAGAAUAGUAGAGGCAUCCCAUCUGGCAGGUGAAGAUGAAGUUUGUUUAUCAACUCUAGGACGUGCUUACACUAUAGAUUUCAAUGCCAUGCAACAAAUUAAUGAAGAUACUGGCACAGCAAGACCAGUACAAAGGAGAGCUAAUCCAGUCUCUGCCGGAUCAGCAACAGGUUUGACGCCUGUGGAGACAGAAGAUGCACGUGCAGUAUUAUUAAAGGAAGAUAUUGAUUUAGCAUCGUCAUUUAUUAAGGCAUUAUUUGCAGUACUGUAUGAAGUGUACAGUUCAUCUGCUGGGCCAGCAGUUAGACAUAAGUGUUUGAGAGCUAUUUUGAGAAUGAUUUAUUUCUCAAGUCCUGAGCUACUCAAAAAUGUAUUAAAAAGUCAUGCAGUUUCAAGUCACAUUGCUUCCAUGAUGUCUUCACAAGACUUAAAAGUUGUCGUAGGUGCUCUACAGAUGGCUGACAUUCUAAUGCAGAAAUUGCCAGAUAUCUUCCAUGUGUACUUCAGAAGAGAAGGCGUUAUGCAUCAAGUGAAACAUUUAGCUGAAUCUAAAUGGGACCAGCCAUCACCUGUAAAAGAAGCUCACAUUGUGAAGGCCUCAGAAGAGAUUAUAUCAACUCACUCACCGCUGGAUGAGUCUAUAGAUCAAGAUAGUUUUGCACAAGGUCGUCUUAGUGAUGUUUUAAAAAGGAAGAGGCCCCCGAAACGGACAAGUGCCAGGAAAAGUAAAUAUGCAGCACCUGAUGAAUUACCGAUAGGAACUGGUCCUUAUGAUAACUUAGAACCUUACAGUAAAGGUUCACCACCUUUACCAUCAUCUAAGCCAUUUACAUCUGCAGCUACAGGAAGGUCCACUGCUCUGAAAGGAAGGACUGCUCAAGGUAAAGGUACUGGUGCUUCUCCAAAGACAUCUUUCUUAGCCAGUUUGAACCCUUCAAGAUGGGGACGUAAUGCGAAUAAUAGUGGUGGUCCUUCUGACAAGACAGCAAAAGAGAUGCCUCUACCAAGUACAGCAAGCAUGGCUAGUCAAACUAUGGCAAAUAACAAAGAAAAAGUUAAAGUCUGGAUCAAAGAUCAAGCUAACAAGUUUGUUAAUCAGUAUUUUGGUGUAGAACAAAGAGGUGAUAGUCACCCAGCUUUGAACAUUUUACAUAGGUUAUGUACAGCUACAGAAAAAUUAUCUCUUGAGAAUGAUUAUGGUAUAGAAGCUUUACAGGAAAUCAGCAAUAUAAUGACAGAAUCAGACGUAUCACCAUUUGAAUUACUUCAUAGUGGUAUGAUAGCCAAAUUACUUGCAUACCUUGUAUCACAGAAGGAUGCAAAUGCUGUGUCUAGAUAUACAAGACUUAAAAGAUUUUUACAUGUCUUCCUUAAUUGUCCUGCUCCAGAUAGCAAAUCAUUUAAAGCAUUAGAUUUAGCCAGUCCACCCCCCUUCCUGCAAUUAGUAAACAAGCUACAGGGCUGUGUGAACCAUUUAGAACAGUUUCCAGUAAAAGUGCAUGAUUUACCAGGUGGUGCAACUCCAGGCACAAGAGGGUCACAAGCAAUGAGGUUUUUUAAUACACAUCAGUUGAAGUGUCAACUGCAGAGACAUCCAGAAUCUUUGAAUCUUAGACAGUGGAAAGGAGGUCCUGUCAAAAUUGAUCCAUUAGCUUUGGUGCAAGCAAUUGAAAGGUAUCUUGUUAUCCGAGGCUAUGGCAGAAUAAGACAGCAACAAGAUGAUGAUGAAGAUAACAGUGAUGAUGAUGCUUCUGAUGAUGAUAUUGAUGAGAGUUUAGCAGCGGCAUUCUCAGGUACUGGUCUGAAUGUACGACAUCGAUUACAGUUCCUAAUAGGCGAUAGAAUAUUACCAUAUAACUGGACAGUUUAUCAAGCUAUCAAACAAUAUGGAAUACAGACAGAUGAAGAUAGAGAUACAGACGAUGAAAAUAACCCUCUUGGAAGAGCCAGUAUUUGGAAACGAACACACACGAUAUGGUACAGACCAGUCCCUGAUGAUGACCACAAAGACAUUACUACUGGUAAUAUUUCUGCAUCGAUAAAUUCAAAUAAAAAAGGAAAAGAGUCUCCGCCAACCAAAGUAUCUCCCAGGUUAAAAAAAAAUGAGGAGAUCCAAACAGAUUCUUUUAAACUAUCACCUUUCAAAGCCUUAGAUGAUUAUUUGACACCAGUUUUGCCUUCAUCAUUUCAAAGUCUGGAUCCAUCUCUUGAAGUUAUCUCUUUGUUAAGGGUACUACAUGGUAUCAAUAGAAACUGGCAUUGUCUUUAUGAGGGUGCUGAACCACAUGCUGUUUUGUCUACCCAUGAAUUCAUUAACAGUAAGGUAACUGCAAAGGCGGCAAGACAGUUACAAGAUCCAUUAGUUAUUAUGACAGGAAACUUGCCAUCAUGGUUAGGAGAUGUGGCUAAAUACUGUCCAUUUUUAUUGCCAUUUGAUACACGUCAGCUGUUGUUUUACGUCACUGCCUUUGAUAGAGAUAGAGCUAUGCAGAGAUUACAGGAUAAUAAUCCUGAUAUGAAUUCAUCUGAUGCUGGUGAACGUGUUGCACCUAGACUAGAUAGAAGGAAGCGAACCGUGUCAAGAGAUAAUUUACUGCAGCAAGCAGAAACAGUCAUUGAAGAAUUAGGCAGUUCAAAGGCAAUUCUAGAAAUACAAUAUGAAAAUGAGGUUGGAACUGGGUUAGGACCGACUUUAGAAUUCUAUGCACUUGUGUCUCAAGAGAUUCAGAGAGCUGAUCUAGAUAUAUGGGCAGGAGAGGCUGUACCCUUACCUGAUCCUAAAGGUAAUCAAGAUGGGGUGCUGUACUUACAUGCACCAACAGGUCUCUUUCCAUCCCCAAUACCAAAGACAGCAAAACUUGGUGCAGUUGCAAAGCUGAGAUACAAAUUCAAGUUCAUUGGCAGAUUUGUAGCCAAAGCUUUAAUGGAUUCAAGAAUGAUUGACAUUCCAUUUAGUCUAUCAUUUUACAAGUGGAUUCUAGGUGAGGAGUCCACUGUUAGUGCCUCUGAUUUGCGCCAUGUUGACCAAGUUAUUGCCAAUUCAUAUAACCAGUUACAAGAUAUACUCAGACAGAAGAAAAGAUUGGAACAUGACCAGUCACAUACUCCUGCUAGUCUACAGUUAGCUCUAGAUAGUCUUACAAUGGAUGGUUGUUCUGUUGAAGAUUUGGCAUUAGAUUUCGUCUUACCUGGAUAUCCUAAUAUUGAAUUAAAGAAAGGUGGGAAAGAUAUUCCAGUUACAAUACACAACUUACAAGAAUAUUUACAGCUGCUUGUGCACUGGACUCUAGUGGAAGGUGUGUCAAGGCAAUGUGAAGCAUUCAGAGAUGGUUUUGAAUCUGUAUUUCCUAUAUCUCUUCUUAAAUGUUUUUACCCUGAAGAGAUGGACCAAUUACUGUGUGGCAAUACUUAUGAACCAUGGGAGAUGAAAACACUCAUGGAUUGUUGUAGACCAGAUCAUGGUUAUAAUCAUGACAGUCGGGCUGUCAAGCUUUUAUUUGAAAUUUUAACAUUCUAUAACUCAGAACAACAAAGGCAGUUUUUACAGUUUGUGACUGGAAGUCCCAGACUGCCAGUUGGAGGUUUCCGUGCUUUGAGUCCACCACUGACAAUAGUGAGGAAAACAUUUGAGUCAAAUGAAUCUGCUGAUAACUUUUUACCUUCCGUUAUGACAUGUGUGAACUAUUUGAAACUACCAGAUUAUUCCAACAAAGAUAUAAUGGAAUCCAAACUACGUAUUGCUGUGAUGGAAGGACAACAAUCAUUUCAUCUCUCGUAGUGCUUGUGUGUCAUGCAGCUGCAAUAUUUAUUUGUUGUUUUUAGUCACUGAAUAAUUUAUUUUUUUCUGCUACAAAAGCUUCAGUCGAAAGCAAAUUUUGUUUUGAGAAAUGUUUUGCCUAUUUACCUCUAUUUGUAUGGUCAGAUAUUAAUAUGUAACAUAUGAGAUGUUUUGUGUUCAGUGCAGUCGUCAAACUACAUGUAUAGAGACAGCAUCAGAUUUACAAACUACUUGGUGCUUUUCUACAGCUAUGCUAUAUUACACAAGAUAUAUACUUGCAUGUCUGCUAAAUAUGCAUAUAAAUUGAUAUUUAUGGACCAAUGGGUGAUAGAUCAAAAUUUGGGGAGGGGUGAAGUGGUCAUUUCACUUACAUUUUGUGAAAUAUGUGAAUUGUUUCAAUGAAUAAUAAAAUGUUGUUCAGAAGAAAAA